GAUCCGAGGCCGAGCGGCAGGAGCGGCCAUGGCGGCGGCGGCGGGGGGUCCGGGGCCCGGCGGGGGCGGCCGGCGCGGAGCCCGCAGGGGGGCGGCCAACAUCCUGGCCCAGCUCCGGCACGGGCAGCUGAGCGGCCGGGGCCUGACCCGGGGGGCGCAGAUCACAGAAGCCUUGUUAAAGGAAAGGGAUAAACAAGCAAAAUGGAAUGGAAUUCCCCUGCUGUUGCAGAAACUGUAUGAGAACAGCCAUCCGAACAGCGACCUCUCUCAGUGCCAAAGCAUCCUCAAGGAAAUUUCUCCACUUCUGUCAAUGGAGGCCAUGGCAUUUGUCACAGAGGAUAGAAAAGCUGCUCAAGAAUCCACUUUCCCAAACACAUACACGUUUGAUUUGUUUGGAGGAGUAGAUCUUCUAGUGGAAAUUCUUAUGAGACCAACUCUUAUUACACAGAAAAAGAAACAGAAAAUAAGUGACGACCUGAUCAAGGACUGCUUAAGCAUAUUGUACAACACUUGCAUAUGUACUGAAGGAGUCACUAAACGAUUGGCAGAAAGAAAUGAUUUUGUGUUGUUCCUGUUUACAUUGAUGACAAACAAAAAAACAUUUCUGCAAACAGCAACGCUUAUUGAAGAUAUCCUAGGAGUUAAAAAGGAAAUGAUACAAUUAGAAGAUAUUCCCAAUCUUGCAAGUCUAGUAUCCAGUUUUGAUCAACAGCAACUUGCCAAUUUCUGUAGGAUCCUUGCAGUCACAAUUUCAGAACUUGACACAGGGAGUGAUGACAAACACACGCUUCUUGCUAAAAAUGCACAGCAGAAAAAAAAUUUGGGUCCUUCUCGAGCUGAAGUUAAUCAAGCUACACUCCUGAAUAUUCCAGGCUUUGUUGAGCGAUUAUGCAAACUGGCAACGAGGAAAGUAUCGGAAACAACGGGUACUUCCAAUUUCCUUCAGGAGUUAGAGGAAUGGUACACCUGGCUGGACAAUGCACUUGUUCUUGAUGCCCUGAUGCGGGUAGCAAAUGAGGAGGCAGAGCAGAGCAGCACAGAAUCUUCAGAUGAAAGUGGAUUAGCCAAUACCUCAACAAGAACUCAGCUUCCGCAGUCCAUGAAGAUCAUGCAUGAGAUCAUGUACAAGCUGGAGGUGUUGUAUGUUCUCUGUGUAUUGCUGAUGGGGAGACAGAGGAAUCAGGUUCACAAAAUGAUAGCAGAAUUCAAAUUGAUUCCUGGCCUUAAUAACCUGUUUGACAAACUGAUCUGGAGGAAACAUUCAGCAUCAGCCCUUGUUCUGCAUGGGCAUAACCAAAAUUGUGACUGUAGUCCAGACAUUACUUUAAAGAUACAGUUUUUGAGGCUUCUUCAAAGUUUUAGUGAUCAUCAUGAGAACAAGUAUCUUCUGUUAAACAGCCAAGAACUUAAUGAACUGAGUGCAAUCUCCCUCAAAGCCAACAUCCCUGAAGUAGACGCAGUUGUCAACACAGACAGAAGUCUAGUCUGCGAUGGAAAAAGAGGUUUGUUAACCAGGCUACUACAGGUCAUGAAGAAGGAACCAGCUGAGUCCUCUUUCAGGUUUUGGCAAGCAAGGGCAGUUGAGAGUUUUCUACGAGGUGCCACUUCCUAUGCAGACCAGAUGUUCCUGUUAAAGAGAGGACUCUUGGAGCAUAUUCUCUACUGCAUUGUUGACAGUGAGUGCAAAUCACGGGAUGUGCUUCAGAGUUACUUUGAUCUGCUGGGAGAACUGAUGAAAUUCAACAUUGAUGCUUUCAAGAGGUUCAACAAAUAUAUCAACACAGAUGAGAAGUUUCAGAUCUUUUUGAAUCAGAUCAACAGUUCACUGGUUGACUCAAACAUGUUGGUUCGCUGCAUUACAUUGUCUCUGGACCGAUUUGAGAACCAGUCUGAUAUUAAAGUUGCAGAAGUCUUGUCAGAGUGCCGCCUGUUAUCAUACAUGUCUCAGAUGUCCAUGAGAAUGUCCUUCCUUUUCCGCCUCAUUAAUAUUAUUCAUGUACAGACACUCACACAGGAAAACGUCAGUUGUUUGAACACAAGCUUAGUUAUCUUAAUGCUGGCCCGAAGGAAAGACAAGUUACCCUUCUACCUGCACACACUGCAAGAGAUGGAAUAUACGGAAAAAUACCCAGGGUUCAUCCUGAACAACUUUCACAGUCUCCUGCGAUUCUGGCAACAGCAUUACCUCAACAAGGACAAAGACAGCACCUGCUUAGAAAAUAGUUCAUGUAUUAGUUUUACCUACUGGAAAGAGACUGUAUCUAUACUGCUUAGUCCCGACCGGACAUCACCCUGUGCCAUAGUUAGCUAUAUUGACGAGGCGUAUAUGGACAUUGACAGAGAUUUUACUGAGGAGUGAUUCUUCAGACUGGCUUCGAAUGGACGGCGCUUGGAGGGUAUCUGGCAGAUGGAUUUUCAGGGAUACGCUGCGUAGUGUGUGCGUGUGUGUGUGUGCGUGCGCAGGCUUGGAACCAUGGAUGUUACUGCUUUGUUAAAGACUCUUCCCCCACCUCUGAUCUCUGAAGGACAGGACUUCGUAAGCUAUCUGGGCGACAUAUUCAGGGACGGAGCUUCCAGUUGUUUUGGGAUAAAAAUAAUCACCUGCAAAAACCUAGCCUUUUUCUGGCACCCCCAGUGUAGCGUGGCUAGACAAGGAUACUCCACAUUAGUUGUGGCUUCUCCUUGUGGCCACCCGAAUUAGCAGGUUAAAAAGCACAGGAAAGGCCCCAGGCCGUCCAAACCAAGGCCUGAUAGGCCAAACGCAUGCAGAUGCCCCCCACACAUCUACUAGGCGCAGUCUUUUCAGGGUUGGGUGUGUCGGGCUGUGGGGAUCAGGGUGGGUUAGAUUGGGUGUGGUUUUGAAUUCCUGGAUGCUGUAGCUCUGUUCACCUUUUUACCAUCCACUUUUGGAUUGUUUGGUGAUAAAUCUGUUUAGCCCACGGCUGUCUGUGCUGUUCCAUUAGGAGGUAACCUCUGCUCCUGCUCUCCUCCAGUGGCUCCUUCCUGUCGGAAGGGGUUCUACAGUGCUGCAGAGAGCAGCAACGUUUCAGUGAGGAGGAAAUUGCAGUCUGGGGACUAGCUUUGACCAGGCUUUAACACAUUAAAAUUGACUGAUUUUUAAACUUGUGGCUUGUCCCUUCUUGGGUUCCUAAUCUGGUUUUAAAAUUGCCUUCAGGAGCACUGCUUUUGCUGCAAGGUUCUCCAUCCUUGAACACGGCUAGUGCUAACUGGAAACCUAACACCGGAGUCUAAGCUUGCAGUCUUCAAUACCUUGAAUCCGCCUACCAACAUUAAUUUUGAAGUGCAAUAUUUACUUGGAGAUGUCAGAUUUUUCCUCGAGUUGUUGUUUUAAUCACAGUAACACUGCUAGAUGCUGGGAAUAAAAGACCCUUUGGUCAAAAUCACUUUGUAAAGUACGUUUUUAAAAAACAAGUUUGGCAAAAAUCUGUCUGCUUUGCCUGAGCUUGCGAUUCCUAAUCAACAGCAUCAGACCAGGUCGUUCAAAGGCAGGUGCUGGAUGUGGCCCGAGAUUUCUUGGAAUGAAAUAAGUCAGUGCAGUGUUGAGCCGCUGCAUUUAAAGCAAAUCUCAUGCCUCUGUGGCGUACAUUGAGACCCAUUUUCCUAUUCUUCCCCCAAAUUGUACAUGUGAAUUUUAAUUAUUUAGAUGUUAAGUUUACACUAAUGUAUGGUAGCUCAGACAGCCACUGGGAAACAUCCUUCAAACAUAUUGCAGUGAGUGCAAGUGAGGGUAUCCCUGACUUGCAGUGUCCUCCCCUUCUGUGACCAGCACCUCCUUCCCCAAGACUUGAUCUGCAACCAGAAGGAAAGGAGAGCAACUACAGGGUAGCCAGUCUGGGCACAGACACACAAUGGUUGUCUUAAUGUGUAGGACCUUUGCCAGCAAAAGGGAUACAAAUCUUUGGAUCCCUGAAGCAAGGUUUGAACGUGCAGGGCAGAUGGUCAGCCCCUGACAUUGGAUUGUACCGUCUGAAAAACUUGAUUCUGAAGAGUGUUGACCUGCUUGUAAUUGAAGUCACCUUUGAAAUGGCUACACUGUUAGAACUGAGUGAAUGCUGCAAUGCCCAGGCUAGUCUUAAUCCACACUUUGGUGUCCGCCCCGUGCGGUUCACAUUCAGACUGACCGAUAAAACGGAGAGUCAGGAGCAAGGGGCCAACAAGUUCCAAAACUGCUGAGCCAGUGCAUCCAACUGGAGCUUUAACCGAGUUUAUAAGGAGCUAUUAAUGUCUUCCCCCUGCGGGAUUUCCUUCCCCUAGGGAGAUUUUACUUAAACACACAGCUCCAGUAGAUGCCAUUCCUCCAAAACGAGUCGACACAUUGGGAGAACCUUUUGCCAUGGCAGCUGCAACUCUCUUCAUCAGCUUUCCCUCGGGAGCAAAUUUCUUUUCCAUCUGUCCUUGUUUGUUUGUUUUUCUUGGGAUAUUUUUGGGUUUGUGAAUCUUUGCUUAUUCUUAACUGUAAUAGAUGUACACUUAAAAAUAAAUGCUUCAGAUGAGAAGGCGUUGAAGUUACAAGAAUGCCUUUUCCCUAAUCCAGCUAAUUGUUACAUCCAAAGAUUGAUGCUAUAAAUCUGCAGAGAAUAGAUUUUACUCUUAACUUAAUCUGUGUAUUUCUGGAACUUGCAGGUAGGGGCCAAGCUGUUUGCCCUUGUUUUAGACAUCCCCCUCAUCAUGUGUUUUAGCAGCUCCAGGGUCUGAGCUUGGAGCCAGGCUCUUUCAUCACUUGGUUCUGAUUGAACUGGCUUGGUUCGGACAGGUGCACAGAAGCAAUCUCUCCUCCCACGAAGGAGCUGAGCUGGUCUGGUCUCCCUGGAGGGAAGGCUCUGUCUGAUUUAUGUGAAAGGACAGAGGAUCCUUCAUAAACUGAGCAUUUCUAACAAUUUUUUUAGCUUUAUUUUAAGGCACUAAAUAGGCUGGGGUUAAAGCUCACACUCAUGCUCUCUUGGCUUCCAUGGAACUCUUCGUUGGCAUUAGCCGCUCGUAUAAACCUACCCUGCAAGUGGCCAGAGGUGGCUCGAUCCUUCAUUCCUACUGUGGUAGCAACCUGUUAUUCAAUGAAAAUGUCUGAGGAAUGGUGUGAGGGCAGGAAUGUUAACGUGAUGGACCAGAGAGCUCGCUGAUGUUGCUGCUGUCGUUAGUGUGGUUUUCAGCAGCUCCGUUGGGACUGUUGGGGGUGGCGGUGGGAUCCCAGCUGGUUAAUGUUCCUGGAAUUCUGCACUAUCCCAAAUGCAUUGCUGAGGUUUUUGCUGCCCGGAUUAUUGCCAAUUUACUAACUGCAAACAAGCGUAUUAAAUGGAAACUAUUAAAGAACUCUAUUUUAAAAGAAA